AUGCUUUCGAAACUCCACCGCCUUACCAUGCGGGUUCCAGCGAUCCUGCAUUUGGUUCUGGUUGAGUUUACCGGCCUGGCAGUCUUCCAAUUUUCCAACUUCUUCUUUCUUAGGGGUCUUCUCUCGGAAGUCUUCAUGAUCGUACGUUACGAUCUGACGCAGGUGAUCGGGGCGGUGUCUUACCGAAAGUUCCUUGGCUACCAGGAAGCUUUCCUGGAGUACAUGUGGACUGGCUGGCUUCCGCCCACAGAAUGCUGGACUCUGGAGGAACUUCGCCAACCAGACGAUCUGGUUCGGACGGCCUUCUACGUCAACAUAAUCAUCUUGCUCGUCUUGGUGUUCCUGGCACUGGUCCUCAGUAUUUCCUUCGUAAGGACGCUCCCCCUAUCUACACCAGUGUCUUCAGAAAGGUACUUGAAGUUCCUGUGGCAGGUGAAGAUGAGCCGCCCCUACACGAUACCGUGCAGGUUUCUGGAAGGACUGUCGGUGGUGUUCUUGGUCGGCUUGGUGUUGAUCAACUGGCUUCUCCUCGGGUUUGAAGGCCUCAUGUUCAUAGUGGAAGUUCAUUGA